AGCGUUUAGAAUUUGCAAACACUCUUCACGGAGACUGGAAACCCCAGGAGACGCCGAAGAGCAGCCCGCGCGGGGCCCGGGAUUGGCAGCCUCGCCCCGUUACGCACUCACCUCGCGUUCACAUACCCGGGGAGGGCAGUAGAAAGGUGAUCAAUCUUCAUCAGGCUACAUUUCCAAUCACCUAAACAACCCAGCGAGACAAGCCACUCCGACAAGGUUGGCUGCGCAGAGGGUCAGUGUGAGGGCUCGAGGUAGAUGGUGAGCCGUCCCGGCAGCUGAGGGCAGAGUCGCCCUAUUCCAAGCCCCAAAAGAGGAAAUGACGAUCCAGGAAAGUUUACUUUUCUAAGAAGCCUUGGCCUUUGGGCCUCAAUGGAGCCGAGUUGACCGCCCUGCGUAGUUCCAUAAUCUACUCCCCCUUCCCCAUCCUGUGACUCCUUGCCUCCGACAAGACUAGGAAGCCGUGAUGGCUCGGAAUGACGGUUUCUGCGUAUAUCCUGUCUUCAUAGGCCUGGCCCCAGACGCAACAGAGCUUGAAGAACUUCGCAGUGGGAGGCCCGCACUGCGCCUGGCCCAGGCCCCCUGGAUCCGUCGGGGCGCCUCCACCCAGCUGUUAGCAUGAUGUCUUACCUCAAACAACCCCCAUAUGGAAUGAAUGGGCUGGGACUGGCUGGUCCGGCCAUGGACCUCCUGCACCCCUCUGUGGGCUAUCCCGCCACCCCGAGGAAGCAGCGGCGGGAGCGCACUACCUUCACGCGCUCUCAGCUGGACGUGCUCGAGGCGCUCUUUGCCAAGACUCGCUACCCUGAUAUCUUCAUGCGCGAGGAGGUGGCGCUCAAGAUCAAUCUGCCAGAGUCCAGGGUCCAGGUCUGGUUCAAGAACCGCCGCGCCAAAUGUCGCCAGCAGCAGCAGAGCGGGAGCGGGACCAAGAGCCGCCCAGCCAAGAAGAAGUCGUCUCCGGUGCGGGAGAGCUCGGGCUCUGAGAGCAGCGGCCAGUUCACACCGCCCGCUGUGUCCAGCUCCGCCUCGUCCUCUAGCUCCGCAUCAAGCGCCUCCGCCAACCCAGCGGCUGCAGCGGCUGCAGGCCUGGGCGGGAACCCGGCGGUGGCAGUUCCGUCGUCGUUGAGUACGCCGGCUGCCUCCUCCAUCUGGAGUCCGGCCUCCAUCUCGCCGGGCUCAGCGCCUGCGUCCGUAUCGGUGCCCGAGCCUUUGGCCGCCCCAAGCAACGCAUCGUGUAUGCAGCGCUCGGUCGCUGCAGGCGCUGCCUCGGCCGCAGCCUCCUAUCCUAUGUCCUAUGGCCAGGGCGGCAGCUAUGGCCAGGGCUACCCCGCGCCCUCCUCUUCUUACUUUGGCGGCGUGGACUGCAGCUCAUACCUAGCGCCCAUGCAUUCGCACCACCACCCGCACCAGCUCAGCCCUAUGGCACCCUCCUCCAUGGCGAGCCACCAUCACCAUCAUCCCCACGCGCACCACCCGCUGAGCCAGUCCUCAGGCCACCACCAUCACCACCACCACCACCACCACCACCAGGGCUACGGCGGCUCGGGUCUCGCCUUCAACUCUGCCGACUGCUUGGAUUACAAGGAGCCUGGUGCCGCUGCCGCAUCCUCCGCUUGGAAACUCAACUUCAACUCACCUGACUGUCUGGACUAUAAGGACCAAGCCUCAUGGAGGUUUCAGGUCUUGUGAGCCCAGGAGUGGGAGGAAGAGGAGAAGAAACGCAACUACCUGCGCCCUCCGUGGUCCCCAUCCUGUUGCUGCUGCUGCUGCACGCCCGCCUUUGCCUAGGCUUCUCCAGACCUGAAAUUUCAUGCCCCCAAAAGAUGCCCAUUGCUGCACUGCCGCCCUCAUCUUUGUACCAUUUGCUUGGGGGGUGUACAAAUCGUGCCCGCCCCUUGGAUGAGGGGACCGGUGCUUCGGCUUUGGCCCACGAGUUCUCCACAGGAGAGCUGUGUGCUCCCCUCCCUCCUCAACCCCUAACGAUUUCCCAAGUCACCCUCUUCCAGUCUUUCUGGACAGUUUUAUGCACUUGCAGCCUUUGGAGGCUCUUCGCUCUGACUUGCUGUUUGAGCCCUACACUUUAAUUUAUUCUUUCUGGACACUGGAGUCACUAACUGGCAUGUGUCUGCCCAUUGGAGUGCACCCACGCUCUACUCCAAAUCAAGACAACCACUAAGUGUUUCUCGCGUGCAGACUGCCGCCCCUUCAGCUGCCCUCCGCCCCGCUCCCCGCCAGCAGGCCAGAGCUUUCUGGUAUUUCCUUCAACCCAGCCGGAUGCGCUGGGUCCAGGCCCGAGGGAGGAGCGCGGCCCUAGCCUCUCGCGCACAGCCCCGCCCUGCGUAGAACUGGCUCAGGCUUCCGCCCUGGCGGGAAUGCUGUACAUAGUCGGUCCGUUCCAUGGACCACUUAAACUUUUUAGUUGCUGUUGGUUGAACUGAGCAUAUCUCGUCUUAGAGCCCAAGAAAUAGAACUUUAAGAUAUAUACAGCACAUAUAUAUAUAUACACAUAUAUAUAAAACAAAAGCAAAAAAUAUUUUCCCUCUGUCCCCCUUCCUCUCCUCAAGUGAUGGCGCUUUUACUUUUUCAGUUGCAAAGCUUCCCUGCCCUCUCAUACCUUCUCCCUCUGUGUAUUUAUUAAAGAGAAACUUUUGGUUUCA